CAUUUGUCUGAUCAGUAUCUCACAAUGCCAUCUAAGACUAACACCAAAGACAAACCCAAACAAGACGCCUGCAGUGGACGGGUCUUCAGCAGGUGAAAUGAAUAUGGAUGAGCUGUGGGAGGAAUGUGUAAGCCUUCAGGAGGAACUCAAGAGGAUGAGGAGGGAGAAUAAGCACUUUCAGAUAGAGAGGGUGAAGGCCCAAAGAUUCUGGGACAACUCCAAGAGAAACCUGGAGGAGACCAAGGCCAGUAUGAGAAAAAAGCUCCGGCUGAAACAGGAGGCAGAGAGAUGCCGCCGGACAGAAAUUGAAGAGCAAAAGCUGAAGCUGAAACAAUUGGAGACUGCACACCACAGUGAGAUCUGUGGGCUGAAGGUGGCUGCCAUCGCCAUAACAUCAAAGAGCCAGAAUGAGCAUGUGGUGACAGAGGUCGAGCUCCAGAAGAAAAUGCUCAGCUUACACGUGGACAAGGGAGAGAAAGAGUCCCACACCAAAAUCUACAUUGGGAAGCUCAAACAGAAACAAAAGGAUGAAUUAAGGGAACUAAAUGAGAGCCAUGAAAGGCAAGUCAGAGAAAUGGAGGCCAAAUAUGAGAACAAAAUGAAAAUCAUGGCUGAAGAGAGCAACCAAAAAAUACAAACUGAGCUCGAAGAGAUCGACAAGAGAAUGAAAGAAUGCACUGCAAGACUUGUAGUGGAGCAUGACGAAGCCUGGGAGGAGAUCAACUGGUUCACCGUAAAAAAUCAUUCCUUAUACUUGGAAAUGGAGACGCUCAAGAGACAACUCGAAGUUGAGAAGAAUAAGGACAAGAGAUUGCAUGUGAAGAUGGCAGCAACUGUGCAGAAGAACAAAUGCUUGACAGAGUGUCUGCGGGAUAUGGAGCAAAAGUUGCGUGAGAGCAGCCAAAAGAUGGCCAUCGAGCGCAAAGCCAUGGUCAAGAGAUUGAAGAGGGGAGAAAAAAUGACGGCACGUAUACUCGAGGAGAGACGUGACCUGUAUUUGAAGCACCAGCAGCUGGAGAUGAAACACAUACAGGUAGAGCAGGAGGACGACGAGCUGCAGAAGAGGCAGACAGAGGCCAUUCUGGAUGUGCAGCAGAAAAGUGGCCUGAAGGAGAUGGUGCUGGAGAGGAAGAUAAAGGCCGUGACAGAAAAUCAGGAAAAGGAGCAGCUUACGCUCUGGGUGGUGCUCGCCUUCGGACAGGGAGACCAAACGGCUGCAAAAAACAUUAAGGAACUAUUUGAAUCCAAAGAAGCCACCAUCAGUGCCUUGAAGGAUGACUUGUCUCGAGAUUUAGUGGAGUAUGACAGCAUGGUUAAGAAAGCGACGGCUUUGGGCGUCUCUGUAGACAAGUGGCUCCCAAAGGGUGACAUCAGAAAAUGCAUCAGGAAUACCUCGGAGGGAAACUUUCCUCCAGAUCGCAAGAACUUUGACGGCUUGAUGCAGGAACUGAUGGCUUUGUGCAUCUCUGAGGACUACUCUGUCCAAAAGGACACCCUGGGACUGAACACCGCUGGCUGUCCAGACCAUGAAUUCCUGCAGCUCUCAGUGUGAGGAGCCUGAAGUAGUCUUUGGAGGCGUGCACGCUCUUUCUGCUGUGCUGAGGCUGCAGGAAAUUCACUCUAUAUGUUUUUGAUUUCCAUGAGCUUCUGAAUGGCCUCAGAUGUCUGAUGACCGGGCUGCAUCAGUUAAAACCUUUUACACUUUAAAUCACUUUGUCAUUGUUACUGAAGAGAACAUCACCCUUUCUUCUUACUAUUUCCUUUCGUUAAACUUUCCAUUUCAGGAGAUGUAUCCCCCACAUGUAUAAUUGUAACAUGUAAUGGUUUGAACAUAAAGUUCUGAAUCUUGUCCUUCCCCUUUGUGUACAAUAAAUAACUUAAUUGUG